AUCAAAGUUUUUUCUUUUUCGCACUCUCGCUUUUAUUUCGCAUUUCAAGCUCUUUCUUAACAAAAACACUAAAAAGGCACAAAAUGGUCAAAUUCGUAGUACUUUUCGCUUGUCUCGCCAUUGCUGCUGUCUCAGCUGCACCAGCCGAAGCUGAAACCGAACAUGAAGUUGUUCCAAUCUUAAAAUCGGAAAUCAACAAACAGGAAAAUGGAGCUUACAACUUGCACUACGAAGGUGGAGAUGGCACCAGCCGCAAGGAAGAAGCUAACGUUAUUGAUGAGGGUACUGAAGAGGAAGCGCUCGAAGUAAAGGGCUCCUACAAAUACAUCAACUCCGAAGGUGAGGAGGUGGAGGUAUUCUACACUGCUGGCAAAAAUGGUUUUGUGCCCUAUGGUUCCAUUAUCAACCCAGAAAUUUCAGCCGUUGCUGAAGCUGCCAAGGACUUGCCCAAGGAGGAAGUGGAGGAGCCAAAAAAGAAAUCGCUCUAAAAAUAAAAAACUGGAACACUAUUGAAUCGAAAAUAAAAAACAUGUAAAGGGAGAAAGAAAGAACGGGUGAUGGUUCUAGUACUUAGUCAUUUAAGUGAUAAUGCGAACGGCAAAUUAUUUGAAAAAUUCACACUUUUUGUGCAAGAACUAAAAUAAGUUUAUGCUAUGUGUAUCAAUAAGUAUUAAUAUUAAUGAGAAUGAGUGUAAUUUCUAAGCAUAAGUACUUAAUGUUAUAAUGUAACCCCAAAUUUUUCACGCUGCGACACCCGAAGAAAACGUAAAAUAG